CAUGCACACACACACACACACACACACUGUUCUUCUGUAAGGCGCUUAAUCACAUUUGCCCACACACACCAACAUCUCAACAUCUCUAUCAGACGUCCAUGGUCGUGUAUGUGACUCUGCAGAAGCUCUGGAGGUAAAGGUCUUCGUUAAAUGAUGCUUCACUACAACUGCACCUCAUCCCAAGGCUCGUACACCAUCCCGGACCCAUCGUGGUGCCCGGAAUCUGGUGAGUGCAUCCUGUGGAACGUGAGCUCUGAGGAUUUGGAGGAUUUGUGCAAGAGCAGCAGCCUGUACGUGGAGAAGUACUUAGGACCCCGGCGCUCUCCACUCUUCCUGCCAAUCUGUGUCUCCUAUUUGGUCAUCUUCUGUGUGGGGUCGCUGGGCAACGCGCUAACAUGCACGGUGAUCAUGCGCCACCACUCCAUGCGCACGCCAACCAACUUCUACCUGCUCAGCCUGGCCAUUUCGGACCUGCUCGUCCUCCUGUUGGGUUUGCCGUUGGAGCUUUAUGAGCUGUGGUCCAACUACCCCUUCCUGCUGGGAACCGGAGGCUGUUACUUCAAGACGUGUCUGUUCGAGACUGUGUGCUUUGCCUCAGUGCUUAACAUCACAGCAGUCAGCGCUGAGAGAUACCUCGCUGUCGUCCACCCCCUGCGUGUAAAACACGCCAUGACACAUGGCCACGUCAGGCGCGUCAUCGUGACGCUGUGGAUCGUGUCGUUUCUUUGCGCUCUGCCCAACACCAGCUUGCAUGGCAUGACCAUGUUGCCUCCGAAGUUCGGCCAGAGUUUUCCCGAAUCAGCCAUGUGCCGCCUGGUGAAGCCGGUGUGGAUCUACGGGCUGCUCGUCCUGCUCACUGCGGUCUUGUUCUUCCUCGUUCCCGUGCUGAGCAUCGGAGCGCUCUAUCUGCUCAUCGCCCUCCAGCUGCACAGAGACUCCAGGCUACUGCAGAACAACACCAAAGCCUGGCACUCAGGAGCACAGAGGAUGCUACAGACAAAACGCCAUCGCCAAGUCACCAAAAUGCUGUUUGUCUUGGUGGUGGUGUUCGCUAUCUGCUGGGCGCCGUUUCACAUCGACCGCGUCAUGUGGAGCUACAUUCAAGACUGUCGUGAAGAGCAGCACCAAGCCUUCGAGUACGUGCACCUGAUCUCCGGUGUGUUCUUCUACCUGAGCUCGGCCGUGAACCCCAUCCUGUACAGCCUCAUGUCCUCACGCUUCAGAGAGCUGUUCCGGGAGAUUGCGUGCUGGAAGACCAAGCAGAAAUUCAACAUUACGCAGGUCACCUUUCGCACCACGAUGUGAGGAAAAACGAGGGUGUGCUCAUCAGACACAGUGGUGUGUAAACUUACAGAGAUGAAGGAUGGGAGAUGACAAUUUCUGGAAGUUUUACCAGGAAGUCUGAGAGCUGAUGAUGGUUGGUGUUGCUAUACACCUUAAAUAGUAGCGACCAAACUGACUACAGCUAACUAACCAAUUCUGCUAGCAAGCUUCUUACACCGUGGGUCAUGUCAGCUAGGUUAGCUAGCAGCAAAUACAGCUGUUGAUUAAAGCAGUAAAACAAUAGUAUGCCUUUGUAUCUGCUGAAUAUCAUAGAAUACCAUA